AUGGAGAUUGUGCAUUUCAGCCUGUUCAGAAUAUUUGGAAACAUCACUGCUUUAUUUCUCUUCUUGGCCCCAAUAAUCACAUUCAAGAGGAUCAUACGUAAUAAAGGCACAGAAAAAUUCUCAGGCGUUCCAUACGCGAUGACAUUGCUCAAUUGCCUCCUUCCAUACGCGAUGAAAUUUUACGGCCUUCCCUUUGUGCCUCCAAACGAUCUUUUAGUAUCAAUCAAUGGCACCGGGGCGGCAACAGAAUUCAUAUACGUGGUCAUCUUUCUCAUAUAUGCGCCCAAAAGGGAGAGGGGUAUAAUUUUGGUGAUCUUUUCGCUCGUGUUCUCAGUUUUCUCAAUCGCGGCCUUGGUUUCCCUUUUGGUGGACUUGGACAGCAAGACCAAGAAGGUGUUUUGUCGGUUUUCUGCGAGCAUAUUAUCCAUCAUCAUGUAUGCCUCGCCUCUAUCAAUUAUAAAGACUGUGACUGAAACUAAGAGUGUUGAAUUCAUGCCAUUUUUCCUGUCACUGUUCGUGUUCUUGUGCGGCACUUCUUGGUUUGUGUUUGGGUUGCUCAGACGUGACCCUUUUGUUGCUGUGCCAAAUGGCUUCGGCUAUGGUUUAGGGGUGGCGCAGCUGAUCUUGUACUUUAUCUACAGAGAGAACAGGGGUACUUCCACCGCAAAACCCACUGAUAUGGAAUCUGUGAAGACACAGCUGCCCAAGGAAAACAAAGAUCAGAGCCAAUCCAAUGUAAGUGAAGCUCAAGUAGACCAUCUAGCUAGAGCACUUCGUCAUCUAGACACAUGGCGUAGAUAGUUCAAAGCCUUGGAGCAAUGGGUCCUCCAAUAAGUAGUACGUUUACACACCCACUUAUAUGUAGAAAUAGUCUUUAUAAUAUACGUUACAUUCUUAAAUGCUCUAAGCACCAGUUGAUUUCGAAAAAAAGGAAGAAGUAUUGAACGGUGAUAUUCUAUAAAACGUAUGUUCUGGCAUUUAAAAAUACUCGUAAGCAACAUACAGUUCAGUGUUUAAAAUAAUUUAUUACUCUAUCGAGAUAAACUGAGGUGCCCCCAGCCUCUG